AUGGUGGAGAGCCGCAUGUUUGGUCGUGUUAUGCUCACAGGGGCCUUGUCUUUAUUUGGACGAAGUUUUACGGGUGCUAACUUGUACCAACGAAGCACUUCCAAGAGUUUCAGCAAUCACCGCUCAGCGAUAACCUGGAAGUUUGGAGCUCGAAGGGUUAUUCACCCACCUGGGAAAACCUUGAUGCAAAACCAACAGCGGGAGAUUGCCCACUCUCUACAGUAUGUUCGCGGCCGAGUCCCCUCGCCCUACCUAGCCAACUCCGCUGCUCAAACCUCCAAACCUUCUCCAGCCUUCAAGGGCCGCCAAAUACUGAUGGUGAGGACGAGCUCCAAACUACGAAACGUAGAUGAAGAUAUCGUGAAGAUUGUAAAUGAAGAUAUGAAGGUGUGGUUGUUGGAUACUCUGGGAAAAGGAAAAGGGCAAGUGUGCCUCGAAAACCAUGAAUACAAAAGGAGAGCGGGAAGUCGCGCAAAAAGCGGUGAAGACUCUGAGCGCCGAUUUGGAACGCUACAAGCAUUAUGCUCCGUUGAACCUUCGUUCAUGGGGCAUAUAUGCGACACCUUAAGGCCUCAAGCAAGCCACAUUGCAACUCUUUUUGCUAGCAGCGAAGGAACACCUCUUUAUACAUGGAUGGACCACACGUUGAUGACCAGUCUUCAAACGACAUCAACCAUGGUAUCUACACAUGCACACCAUGUCAGCCCAACUCACAGCCAUUCUCUCCGGCUACCAAUGGUCUAA